UUGGAGCUAAUCAGCUUUCAAGUACUAUACCAACCUCCAUAUUUAAUAGUUCAGUGCGACAAUACAUUUCACUUAAUGUCAAUAAUUUAUCUGGGAGUCUGCCAACAAAUGUGUGUUCUGGGCUUCCACAACUCAAAUUAUUUUAUAUGGAUGGAAAUGAUUUGUCUGGCAAAAUACCCUCCAUUUGGCAUCAAUGCAAGGAAUUGGUAGAGUUACAAUUAGGGGAUAACAAAUUCAAUGGAGGAGACAUACCAACUGACAUUGGAAAUUUGACCAAACUUGAGUGGCUAUAUCUUAGCAGCAGCAACUUGCAAGGAAUCAUUCCAAGUGACAUUGGAAGCUUGACAAACCUCCAGACCCUUGAUCUUAGCAACAACAGUUUGCAAGGUGAGAUUCCAUCAUCUCUCCUCAACAUUUCUUCUUUAAGAAUGUUGAAUUUAGCCAAAAACAAUUUGAAUGGUAGUCUUCCAAUAUCAACUGGCAAUGAGACAUUGUUGGAAGAAUUAUAUUUAUCAUGGAAUUUCUUUACAGGUGAAAUUCCUUCAUUUCUUUGGAGCAUGCCUUCUUUGAGAAUUGUUAAUGUUGGCGCCAAUCAUUUCAAGGGUAAUUUGCCUGAAGAAAUGUGUCAUCAUCUCCUUUUGCUUGAAGUCUUUGCUGUUACUGAUAAUCAAUUAGAGGGAAGCAUUCCGAAAUCAAUAAGUAACUGUACAUCUCUGAAAGGAUUAUAUUUGAGUGGUAACUCAUUUGCAGAUAAAGCCAGGAUUAUGAAUAGACAGAACGUCAUGAUAUUAGUAAGACUGAAAAGUUAUAUGUAA